UAUUGACAAACAAUGACAUCAUAAUAAGGUUGGCAUUUGCUUGGAAUUGCUCAUAUAUUUUCCUAUUCAGCUCCAUGCUCCUUGUCAACAGUAAAUCCGAACACACCAGGGGGCGUUCAUGGGUUUUUAUAAGGACCUUGGUGCUUUGAUGUAAGAGCUUUGAGGAAACAAAAGAGAGAAAUUAUAAUUAAUUAAAAAAACUAAUUGGUUUCUAAUAUGUUCAGGGCUAAGUUAUGUAAAUGAGUUUUGUUGACUUUCAUAUUGCGGAUAAAAGGACAAUCAAAUCAAGUGCAAUAAAACAAUAUGGUCAUUAGAAAUAUGUUUGUGAGUGGUGGGGGUUGAAUAUUUGGUUUAUGAGGACAUCCCCUGUCUUAAAAACAUACUAAAUGGUGUUUAGUAUUCAAAAAUGCCAAAGAUUUUCUGGGUUAGGUUUAGGGGUUGGGGUCAGGCUCAGGGGCUAGAAAAUUGUAUUAGCUCAGUAAACAUUUCACCUAUACAUUUCACCCAUACAUUUGUUGUGGUCCCCGUGAGGAAACAACCGUAUACUGUAAAUCAUACAGAAUUAUGUUUUUUAAAAAUCUAAAAUAGCAGAAAGUGAAGGUUUGGUUUAACGGUUGGGUUAGGGGAAUGGGAUAGAAAAAGAUACAGAGAGCCUAGAUACAGUUUGUACAGGAUAAAAAUCAUUACCAGUGUGGGUUUAUACAGUAUGUGUGUGUAAAGAGAGAGAGAGAGAGAGAGAGAGAGAGAGAGAGAGAGAGAGUGAGAGAAACAUUAAAUAGCAUUGAAAGUAAGUGAGAAAGAAAAGCAAUGAGAAAGAAAACAUGAAAAGAAAAAAUAUUAGGUGAUAUAUCAAUUUUCAAAUUUUCAAUUUUCAAGAAAAAUGAACCAAACAGAAGCUAUUUUUAAAAUCCACACAUCACAAUCAUAUUUUGUCGAUUUUUUAAAACAUUUUUUACUGAAUUUCAGAGAUGCAGUAAGGCCAUCAUAAUGCAUUCAUCUUAUUCAUGGUGUUACCCUUUCAAUAGCUCACAGACAGCUCCGUCCUGAUGAAAGAUAAGAGAUCAAAUAAAUGAAAGUAGCAGUAUAUAAAUGACUCAUAAUCCUGCAGGGUAAUGAACAUUGAACCCCCAUGCACACACAUAUGUUCCUCUAAUUUAAUGGUGCAAUGCCUUACAGGCCUUUUAAAAUAACUGUUUACAAUAUAGGCUACUGUAAAGCAAAAACCUUGACCAUGUAUUUAGAGGUGAAACCAAGGAACAAAAACAUCAAGCUAUAGGCUAUAUCUUUAUAAAGGUUGCGUGAACACCGCAUAAGAGAAAAAUAAUAUACAUGUAGGCCGGUUUGCAAAGGUUCCGAAUUGACAUCAUAUGAAGCUGAAGAGACAAGGUCGAGGUGUGAUUUUAGUAGUAAUAUAAUUGACCGCACAAAUACGUCAGGACUCUGGUGUUAAUGACUUUGCGUCACUUGAAUAUGGUAUCAUCAUUAUUUGGUUCAUAUUGGAAAGGGAGCUUGCCCGAGCUUGUGUGAGUGGAGCGCGCAAAACCUGCGCAUAAAGGAACGCGCGCACCUUCGAGGCUACACUUCAAGUCAAUAGAGCUGCAACGCGUAUUUCUCCCGAGACUAACUGAAUACCGGCUCAUCUUAUUCAAUUAAAGAUUGGAGGAUGUCUUGCGGUUGGAUGCUCGUGCUGGUCCCUCACGUGCUGCUGCUGCUCUCGUGCCCCGGACUCUCGCGCUGCGAGUUUGACUACGCGCCUAUCGCAGAUGACAGCGAUGCUCAGUUAAAACAUUUUGUGAAACGUUAUGAUGAUGUUGACUAUGACAGUUUCAUCGGCUUGAUGGGCAGAAGGAGCACAGGUGAGACAGAACGCCCAGAUCCACCAUUUAGAUCUAAUAUGAAUGAUAUCUUUGUUGGACUGUUAGGCCGGAGAAAUACUGCUGCUCCUGCUUGGAGAGGACAGAGAAGGGGCAAUAUAUUCUUAAAAGACAGAAGGCUGAGGUUUUGCUGUGCCGUAUGAAGCCUAAUCUUAUCGGCCUGAAACUCAUCCACCGUGAAAGUAUGCCAUUCAGAAGAAAGAAGUUUUGUCACAGAGCCAUGAUCGAGCUUUGUGAUUUUCAGUUUGUUGCAGUGCAAUUUAUUUAAGUACAUUUUGUUAAGUUCUCACAUCUAACCCUUGAGCUUUCAUCAAAAAAAAUGAUAAAUGAAAAUGAUCCGGUUAAAUUACAUGAAACGACUUAUGCAUUGCAAAUAUGCAGCCAAAAACAUUUACUGUGUUGUAAAAAAUCCACCCUUAUAAAAUAUUUCCUCAACUAUUUUAACCGGUGUGUAUCACAAAUUAAUUUUUUUCUAAUAUACAAAACACACACACACAAAAAAGAUUUCAUAAAA